GUUAGAAAUAGAUGCGAGGGGGGCGAGCCUGUUCCUGGAUUCGCGCGUGGGCAUCGAAAUGGGCCAACGAAUUGGAUUGGACUCGUUGAUGCUGCCGCUGACACAGUUCCCGCGCAUUUUCACAGAUGGCCCUGUCGCAGAUGCAGAAUCUCCACGCACUUAUACGCGCACCUAAGUUGUAGUUGGCUGCUCUGUCCGGGUUAUAUGCGAGGCACAUUAAUGCAGUUUGGAGCCGCUCCAUUGUCCGCUUCAUGUUGCCUUCUUUCUCUUUCCCUCCCCCUCCUGUCACAUCCAAGUUUCCCUCUCGCCUUUUUUUUCCCUGAUCUGGGAUCUGGGUCUUUCUUCAGAAUCUUCUCUCGUUUCUUCCUUCUGUGAAUAGAAGAAGCCUGCUAUUCUUGUUUGCAUUGCUUAUCGAACUGCACACUGUUUGGAUGUGUGAUCAUCCUUUCCGCUACCAGCCAGAGUCCUUUUCAUCUCUCUUUGCUCAUACCAAGGAAUCACCCGGGCACGCAGAUUCUGUCACUCGCGCGGACUCCACAUUUGCUUUCUUUCUAGCGCAAGAUUAGUCGAAGGCAAGAGUGCUGGGUACUUUCGUCCUUGAUUCAAGUCCAUCAGAAACACGUGUUUGAGAGCAGGGAAGAGCGAUAAUGAGAGAAUAAACCUCGGCCGUUGAAAUCAACAAUGGAAUAUAAUAAUGUCAGUAGGGAGCGGGGAGAUAGCUGUCGCUGGAGUCUUUGCAUUCCAACUCAUUCCAGGCCAGCCUCGAAUCCGUUUGAUGAUCAAAAAGGAGUUCGGCUCACUUACAACUCUCCGCCUUCACCCAUCUCACCUAUUGCAUAUGCCGCUCCGAUACGGAGAAGACCUGCAACUUCUGCGUCUCAAACUAUGAGAACAGAGGCGAGGCACAAAUCUUGGUUCAAGCAUGAUCCAGUUCGAACUUCGAGUCAGCUGAAGACAAGGCAGUCACGAAGCUCAAGUUUCUCGACAUUGAAGCACUCUUUAACCUUGUCAAAGAAUAGACCUAGCAUUGGCUCACCGACAGAUUUUCGGAAGCUCACAAACACCUUAUCCGAGCCAAUGCCAGUCCGACGCAGAAGCUUUCGGCCACUCGAAUUGAGCAUCUAUGUAGAACCCAAUGGCAGAUUAUCCCCACUGCCCGAUUUCUCAACCGACGAUUGGGAGCUCAAGAUCCCCGGCCUUGACAAGCCGCCACAGGCCCUCCUGCGAAGGGAGACGGUAGAUAACUCACAGUUGAGCAGCGGAUUCACAGUGCCAAGGAAACCUUUAUCAACCUACAGUGGCUUCUAUGAACGUAGGGGUCUAGUGUCAGAGCCAUCCCUACCCCGUUUUGAAGAAGGAUCAGGAUCUAUGUUAGCCCAUCGUCGUGCUGAAGCUGAAGUCUCCGUGUCUGAUCUCGGUACAAUCGACGAGAACCGUACGCCUACAUUGCCUGCAUCGCAAAUGGACGAUAUGGCAUCAUCGGCUUCAAAUUCUUGGAGUCAACGUAGCAGCGGUUACACAGUUACUGAGAUCAGGCCACAAACUAGCAUCACACGACACGUUCGCACGGAAAGUAGUGGUCGUCAAGCAAAAGGUAGCCUGCGCCGCUCGAAGAGUAAUGCGGUAGAUGAGGCCAUCAAGGAACUUAACUCAAUCGUAGAAGAGAAGAGAAUCAAGGCAAAGCUCAGCAGUGUGGGCAGCCCGCCCCUUUCACCAACAAGCCAUGUUCCCGCCAUAGCUCCGUCAAUGACCGUUCGCGCAAGGUCAGAAACUCUCACCGAUAUUGGCUCAGCAUUUAGCACGUCCAUCACUAAGCCUCUAACCGCUGGCUCGAGCCCGAGCACUGCCUCUUCGCGCACCUUCGCUCAGUCACCGGUUCCGGAUCUACGCAAUACAAUCACGGAAACAUCUGAACAUUCGACACACUCGAGUGCCACUGCCUUGCCUCAAAUGAUGGCACCAGUGUCUAAACCUCUGCAAUCUAAUAUCAGCAAGACACCUACGACUCGAAAGGAGCGGCUUUCCAUCUGGCUCAGACGUGUCUCCAAUGCUUCUUCGGAUGUCAUUCCCUCGCAAAGAUUCUAUCAGCUCAGCGCCAAGGAUAUUGGCGUUGACAUACAUGCUGAUCAUACUCGAAGCCGUGCGUCGACAGACACGAUUUCCACAUUCUCAAGCAUUGGAUCGUCGGACACGGCGUACGCAACGCCAGCUACGACCGCGGUGCCAUCUCUAUCGCCUGCUUCAACUUUUCAGGAGACUCCGCGACCAAGCAUUUCAAAGAGCGCACAAUACGGACGUAGGCUACCAAAGCGCGGCCUGAGUAUCGACACCACGCUCUCGAACGGAUCGCGGACUGUGCCGCCAGCAUAUCAUGAACUAGACCAGCAUCCUGCUCUGGUCAAUGGCGAGCUGACCCCAAGCCGCAUUGGUGUUGCUUGUUAGCUCUGUUGAGAUGAGUAAGUUGAUGUAUUUGUGGCCUUACAACUCGUGAAUAUACCGAUUGUAUGUUUCGAAUUCAUGGGUUUAUGGAUAUUUUGGGAUUGGGUCGGAAAAGCUGCACUGCCUUGCGGCUCUUGGUCUAUUUGAUACCCCUUCAUCUGCGCCUCGUGCAUGUACUCGCGCUGAGUUACAUGAGGUGCCCUGAAUUUAUGUAGAAAAAAAAUUUAAUGCAG